AUUUGAUUGGAAACGAAAAGUUUUUGAAUUUUUUUAUAUAUUUUUAUAUUAUAAUCGGAGUUUAUUGAAAUUUUUAAAAUAAAUUAUAGUUGUGAGAUAAGUGUGCACAAUGAGAAUAAAAGUAAAAAUUUCAUUAAAAAUUAUAUCAAAUCAUUGAUAAUGAAAUCAAAAAUGUAAGAUAAUAACAUUUUGUACUUUCGGGUACAUAAUAGACAAACUAUUCUGCCCUAUGAUUAAACAACAACGUUAGGAAAUGCAAAUUCCUAAAACUUACAUACAUACAACAUAUAGAAGUGUAAAAUCCGAAGGCAUCGAAAUGAAAAGCAAGCUCAGUUGAAUAAAUUUUUGUAUAUGUUAAACUUGCAAAAGUAAUUACAUAUUUUAAACUAAAUUGCAGAGUCAAAGUGGUCGCAGUUUGGCUGGUGUAGUUUAAUGUCAGUGUUUGCCGGUUUUUAAGUUUACAUAUUAGAAAUAUGUAGGUGUUCCUUAACAAUAGAUUUUGGUAUCUCUAUUUGACUAUCACACGUAUCAAUAAUGCAAGUGGAUAAAUUGUAUACCAGUCAUAUCAUUAAAUAUAGUAAAGUUAUCUAUUACACAAUUGAGCUAUAGUUAAUAAGUUGUCAUCUUAAAUUCCGAUUGUAAAAUUUUGCGCAAAUUUAAAUAUGAUAUAUAUAAAUUUACACGCAUUAGAAAGUUAUCCAAAAUAUACAUUCCAAAAUACUUUAGUAUCUAAAUUGUGCAAAUGUAAACAAUAAAAAAUUCUUCCAUAUAAUUUUCAAAACCAUAACUGUGCGGUGAUAAAUUUAAUGUAUUAAAAGAAUCAUGUAUGUACAUAUAUUAUUCUUACUAUAGUUUUUGCAUUUUUGAAAUCAAAUCUUUAAAAAAUAUUUUUAUGCAAAAUAGCAAUAUUUUUAUACAUUAUUAAAAAAAAGUGUUUUCUAAUUUUUUUAUUAUACAAAAAAAUUAUACUUUGAAAAAUUCAUUCCAAAAAGUAUUUUUGGAUAAUUGUGGUUAAAACAAAUAUUUUCUGUAAAAUGGAUGUGCUUCCCAGUGGAUAUAUAUUUCGCGAAUUACAGGAUAUUUGUAAUACUGGUUAUUUUUCAUCCCAAGCAUCUAUUGAAGACCAAUGGCAUCAGACGUGUUACGAGCUUGAACGUUAUUUGCGUGAUGAGCCUAAACUUCAAUCAUACAAAAAGCUUCAUUCCGAAUAUGACACUUGGGAUCUUUUCACUUCGUCUGCACGAUUUUUUAAAGAAAUUAAUAUUUCAGACCAGAAUAAAAACAGUCUUUCGACAACUUCUUAUGAAAGCGCAGAUUCCUUUUCGAUAAAUAAGGGUGAUGGAUUUAUAAAUACCAACACUUUUGAUAAGGUCUUUAAUACAUCAUCGCCAAUCAAAAAGGACUCUACGUUGAAAUUCGCACAAUUAUCUUAUGACUCGGGAUUCACUUUGAUAUCAACCCCUAUAAAGGCAGAAUUUUUUGAUUCUUUAAACUACAUGGAUAAUAGUUACACGUACAAAGCAAAAAACAUAAAAAUCAAUAAAAUAAUGCUUCAAACUUUAACACCACCUUCCUCUCCGGAAUCGGUGAGAACAAGUAACUCUGCAAAUACCACAGAUUCACAUGAAAUUGGUAGAGAAAAAAAAAAUAAACUCGCAAAAAUUACAACUAAUAUGGCGGGUCAAUCAAAUCAAAAACAGGUUUUAUUUACAGCCGCGGAGAAAUUUUCGCAAAAUAGUCAACCACCGAAAAGUAAUAUGAAAAAGUUUAACGUGCAGAGUAAAGAUUAUCCAGAAAAAAAAAUUCGCCACGAUGGGUGCAUUACUUUCACAAGAGUAAUACAGAUACAAGAACAAAAGCUGCAACCCUCAGAAAUGUACACAGAACACAAUCCAAAAAUACAUGCAUCAGAACUUAAACUCAUAGCAACGAAACUUCAGCAACAGUAUGAUCCAAAUUUAGAUGCAAAAAGAAGAAUUCAUAAAUGUCAAUUUUUGGGUUGUAAGAAAGUUUACACAAAAAGUUCUCAUUUGAAAGCUCACCAACGAACUCAUACAGGUGAAAAGCCGUAUAAAUGCUCCUGGGACGGAUGUGUAUGGCGAUUUGCCCGAAGUGAUGAGCUGACCAGACAUUAUCGAAAGCAUACGGGUGCUAAGCCGUUCAAAUGCCACAAUUGUGACAGGUGUUUUUCACGCUCAGAUCAUUUGGCUUUACACAUGAAACGACAUAACUAAUUUCAAAAGCAUUAAUAUAAUAGUCAGCAAAUAUUCAAGCUGUGCCAUGGAUGGCUCUAAUAAUGACAUCUUACAAUUAGAAAAUUUUUAUUCUCAAAAAUAUUUAUAUAAAAAUUUGCAUCUAAUGCUUUUUCAGUCAAUUUAUUUUUGAAUAGUUGUUAUAAAUGUUUUAUUUUAUUUAGUUUUUUUUUUAAUUGUUUUAAAUUCUGAUUAUUUUGCAAACUAUUUCUUGCAAAGUGCUUAGUUAAAAUAAUCGUUGCUUCCUGUUAAAAUAAUAUUUUAUGACAAUAUUAAAUUUUUUAUAAUAUUUCAAUUUUAUAACCUAUAAAACUGUGCAUCACGUGAAUGUACAAAACCUCACCAAAGUUAUAUGUUUAAAUGAAAGUCUAUGAGAAUAAUGAUAAGGAAAGCCUAAUAAUUUUUUUAAGCUUAUGUUUUUGUUACCAUAUUUUUAAAUAAUACUUUAAUAUGCGUAUUUGCAAAAACAUACAUAGAUUUAACAUAAAAUAUUUUUCAAAGAAUGUUAAUUAUAAAAACCAUAUGGUGUACAUUUUAUAUUAAU